GGGAGGGUAAACAGGCUAGAGCGACAGUGUGGAAUAACCCAAGUGAUGACAUUCUGGGUGUCGUCGCCCGCAGUAAACGCAUGGCAGGCACGUGGGAAAAGUUGCUCAGAGGGGAGGUUUAUCAAUACCAUGCGAAGCUCAUCAUGAAGGAUGCCUUCACGGGAGGUGCUUUUGUCUGGCAUCAGGAUUAUGGUUACUGGUAUAACUAUGGGUGCAUAUUUCCUAAUAUGGGGACAACUUGGAUUGCUAUCGAUAGAGCUGACAAAAAUAACGGAUGUCUGAAGAUCAUCCCAGGUUCUCACAAGAUAGGGCGUAUAGAUCACAUUAGAGUCGGAAAACAAGUUGGCGCAGACAUUGCCCGUGUGGAAGAGAUCUCCAAAGUUUGUCCUGUCAUCCAACCAGAGUUGGACCCUGGAGAUGCCAUGUUCUUCCACUGUAACAUCCUACAUAGGAGUGACCAGAAUAACAGUGCAGACAGACGCUGGGGCUAUCUUUGCUGCUACAACAGAGCUGACAAUAGUCCAUAUAAAGGGGACUCUCCCCACCCUGCAUACUCUAAACUAGACCAGCUACCCAACUCAUCUAUUCGAGAUUGUGAUAUCACAAAAGUAGCAGCUACAAGAGACUAUUAUAAACCGUCCAAAAACUAUGCCUUUUAUCAAGUGCCAGCAAAAAUAAAUUGACGUUUAUAUACAGUAAUUUAAAAACAUAACAUGUUACAUAACAUUUAAUCAUAUACAAUUUGACGCAAAGCGUAUAUUGUAGUUCAAGGAUCAAAAGUCAAUAUUUGUAAAUGCAA